UCGUUCUGGCAAUAUUCCUUAUGAUAGCGAAGAGCCGAGAGAAAAUGGAAGCAUGCAUGACUGCAACCAGCCGCUCAAGCUGCCCUGCUCAGGCCGCACAUCCGGGGCGUGGUGCCUCUCUGGGUCAUCCAGAUGCCAAGCCAGAGACGUCGAUGCGGUGUUGAGGUGCCACAGUUGAUGCCUUGGCCUGCACAGGGAGCUCCUUGUUGCUCUAUCUCGACCACGAUUCACUACUGCCCACCUCAAGAAUCCAUCCAGAAACGGACUCCAUGCACCUUGGAAACAAGGCUGAGUGAGGCUCACGGGAGCACGCUGGCAUUAUGUAAGCCUUGUCGGUGCAAAAGACCCCAUUUGGAUAUCGCCCAUGCAUUCUUCCAUCCUCCGCCGCUCCUUGACUCAAUCCUUAUCCUUCCACCGCUUCCGAAUGCUGAGAUUUGGUGGACUACCUCUUGUAUUCUCACAUCACCUCGAAACCCUCCUCCGUUCUUCGCAUUCUACACCUCAGCUGGCCGUGAGCAACGUUUGGGCUCGGAUGACGUAGCGGAGAAUGGAAGAAGCGGUUACUUACACCGCUGGCGACACAUCCACCCCACCAGAUCUUCGACUCUUACACUUCAACGACGUCUAUCAUCUCGAUGCCUUCUCGAGAGAGCCAGUGGGCGGUGUGACCCGCUUUCAGACUGUCUGCAAUGACUACCGCCACAACGAACGCUUCUCAGGUCAACCUGACUUGAUCACGCUCUUCUCUGGAGAUGCCUUCAAUCCCAGCUUGGAGAGCAGUGUCACAAAAGGGAGUCAUAUGGUACCGAUAUUAAAUCGGAUAGGAACCCAGGUCGCCUGCGUUGGUAACCACGAUCUCGAUUUCGGCGUCAAACAGUUCCGUAGCCUUGCGCGACAAUGCACAUUUCCUUGGUUGUUAGCCAAUGUCUUGGAUCCACAACAUGGCCCGGACGUGCCUCUCGGCAAAGCAAAGAAGACCCUCAUGCUCACCUCUUCCAAUGGCAUCAAGAUCGGAGUGAUAGGUCUCGUUGAACGUGAGUGGUUGGAUACCAUCAACUCUCUACCUCCCAACUUGAUCUACAAAUCCGCAUCCGCAACCGCUAUAGAACUGGUGCCAAAGCUGCGCGAGCAAGGCGCGGAGAUGAUUAUUGCGCUCACCCACCAGCGAGAGCCGAACGACAACAAGCUCGCGGAAAAGACGCCAGAAGGCCUUAUAGACCUAGUGCUUGGUGGACACGACCACUAUUACCAACACUCGCUGAUCAACGGAACCCAUGUUUUGCGGUCUGGGAGCGACUUCAAGCAGCUUAGCUAUAUCGAAGCACGACGGCGGCCCGGCAGCGACAAAAAAUGGGAUUUUCACAUUGUGCGGCGGGAUAUCGUGUCAGAUAUUUCCGAAGAUGAACAGAUGAAACAAGUCGUCGACGAGCUGACGGCAUCCCUGAAGGACAAACUGGAAAAGCCGCUGGGGUAUACUGCCGCUCCCCUGGAUGCGAGAUUUACCACAGUGCGACUUAAGGAGUCCAACAUCGGCAACUUUGUUUGUGAUCUGAUGCGGGCUCACUACAACGGCGAUUGCUGCCUCAUGGCGUCCGGCACCAUCCGCGGAGAUCAAAUAUAUCCGCCAGGAGUUCUGCGAUUGAAAGACGUCAUGAACUGUUUUCCAUUUGAAGACCCGACUAUCGUCAUCCGAGUCACAGGAGCUGCUCUACUUGCCGCUCUCGAAAACUCGGUGGGUUCGUAUCCUGCUCUUGAAGGCCGCUUCCCUCAAGUCUCCAAUAUUGCUUUCGAAUUCGAUCCAUCACUGCCACCACUCCACCGGAUAAAGUGGACCAAGGUUGGUGGUCAGCCACUAGACCUAGAAAGAAAAUACGUCCUUGUCACACGAGGGUACAUGGGCAGAGGCAAAGACGGGUACGACUCGUUGCUGGUCAAAUCGGAAGGGGGCGAGGCUGAAGAAAUUGUCUCGGAAGAGAACGGCAUCCUCAUCAGCAUGAUGCUCCGGCAGUAUUUCAUGUCUUUGAAGAUCCUCGGCAAGUGGAAGCAUUGGGGCAAAAGCUUGAGUCGGCAUUGGGAUGCCAUUCACGAGGAUUUGCACGAAACGCACCCCGUGGUGGAGCCAAACCUCGACGACUUGGACGAGAAUCAGUUGAAGCGAAUACAUAGCAAGACAGGCACGACCACUCCCCUUGAUGACUCGGAAGAUGAAAGCAACCACCGCGUGCGAGAUUAUUCGGAUCUGUUGAGCGAGCGAGAAUCUCUGAUCGCGAGGAAGGUGACGCGGAAAUGGCGCCGUCUAGCAGGUGUGCGGCACGAGGCGGGAUGUGUAGAUCCCAUGGACGAAGGCGAGUUCCAAGUUGACUGGACAAGGGCCAUUGCGCCAAGACUGGAGGGUCGGAUUAGAAUGGUCAAUGGGGCGAAGGCGGCAGAGAUCAAGUCAUAGCGACCGUGAUAAUUUGGUGGUGGUGGUGGUGGUGGUGGCAGAUGCUCGAGAGAAGUGGUGGUUGAGAGCAUUUCGCAUGUAGAGCCGCCUCGUUAGUGAAUGGAAUGGCGGCCAAGAGGGACUUUGGGGGUGCUGAUUCCGCGGGGACGAGUCAAGCCCUGCGCCUGGGCUGUCAGUGCCUGUCAGUAGUGCCUGGCGGUGCCUGUGUACCUGGCGAGCCGGGCCCAAUCCUGGCAGUUUGAGUCGGUAGAAAGAUUCCACAGGCCCCCCCAAGACUCCAAGGGGAAGGAUGGCCCAAAGGGGAAAGAAACAGCGAGAGCGAUGCUAAUGCACGGCCCGUGAUUGGCUCACUGCCCG